UGGCGAGCGUCUGGACACUGUGUACAAGCUGCAUCCGGGCUAUACGGACUCUGCCUCACCUCUUCUUAUGCUCGACCCGCCAAUGCCUCAAGAUCUGCCAGAUACUUUACGUGGUGAACAGUGGGCUUUUGUACAGCUGCCUCUGGAAGUAUUGGAGACGGAGAUCAUGGCAGUCGAACGUGGGCAGGUCUUUGGGGAUGUUUAUGAUUUGGAUAUUCUAGGCAUUGAUUUGAGCCCGGAUACUAUGAUUCCUGGAGUUGCUGUAGCAUCUAGAAGAGCAACAGCCUUGGCAGCCUAUACCAGUGCUUUGGAGCUUGCAUCUAUCAAGGUAGACCCAAAAAUGGCGUGCCUUUUGCUUCAAACGAAUGUCUUGGACAGAUGGCGGUAUGCAUUUUACAGAAAGAGUAGGCAGGCAGAUGAGGAGGCAAGGGCUUGGGAGGAUGCCAAGGCUCAAUGUAAAGGCCUUCAUUUCCUGGCAGUUCAAUCCGAUUUUGAGUCGGAUGAUUGUGCAGGGUUUUGGCUCUUGUUGGACACGGAACCACCACAAAUUUGACCUUUUUAUUGGUGAUCUUCUCUGCCAAGUUUUGUAACUCACACAGUAACACAAAGACACACACACACACACACACACACACACACACACACACACACACACACACACACACACACACACACACACACACACAGCACAACACACACACUCAUGUACACACACACACACACACCAGUAUACUUGUUGCAAGUUCUUUCUUUCUUCGUCCUUCUAAAUAUGUCUUUAUGUUGUCCACUGUGUAUUGGUUGUGUGUCGGUGUUCCCUUUGAUCUGCAAUUGUGAUGAGGCAAUUUGGGAUGUUGUGCUGGUUGUUAGAAGUGUCGGUAAAACUAUUGGGGUCUGUUUGCUAGACAUUCGUCAGAGUGACUGCCUUUGUCUUGAUGGUGGUGUGAACCUCAUUCCAUAGAGUUCUACUGGUGGGGCAAGUAAGUGAUGGCCCACUUUGUCCGUGCUGUAUAUAUGGACUGCUCCAGUGCUGCCCAUCUGCCUGCCUUGCUGCCCUGUUGUUUGCCCGUGCUGUGUGCCUGCCUGCUUGCCUCUCCUUCCCUACCACCCAUCUGCCUGCUUGCUUGCUUCACUGUUACUUGUGUUGUUGCAUUGCCACCCAUGAUGACGCUUGUUUCGUUGUCUUGCUGCCUUCCUUGCUGCUUACUCCUCGCUUGCUUGCUUCACUGUUACUUGUGCUGUUGCAUUGCCGGUUGCCUUGUUGCCUGCCUGCCAGCCAGCCCUUCACUUUUGCUGCUGCCUGUUCUUCCUUGCUGUUUGUGUGGUCACCUGCCUGGCCGUCCUCUUGCAACAGAGGUCGAAGUAGACUAUGACUCAAAACGUCAAUAUGGGGAUUCUGGCACCGUCGGCCAUGGUUCAGCCUCCUGAUGGGAGUUCGACGAAACAGUCUGCAAUUGGCCACUUCCUGUCUUCAUGAUGGUAUAUUUUCUUUACAAUGC